CGUUUCUCUCUUCCAUUUUCCUGUGUGCAGGUUAAUGUCUGUUGCUGCCUCAGGUGCAUCCGUUUCAACGGUCCGGUUUAACAGGUUGACGUUAGCUGUCAGUGUGCUGCGCAUGAUUCUUUGUACGACUACAGCUCACCUACAGCUCACCACAAUGACCUAAUUAAUGAGCAAACACUGGAUGAUCGUGAGAGUUUGACUCCUCUGUCUGAGUGAUUGGCUUUACUUUAAAGUAUAGUUUUCAGUAAAACAAAACUGGAAAGUUACAGUUGUUUCAGUAUGAAUUGUCAAUCCUAACUUGUGAAUUUGAAAGCACUGCGGUUAUGAACGGACACAUUUGUUUACACAUGAGUCAAACAGAAAUAUAAACUCAUACAGUCUGUGGGGCAUUUUUCAUGUCUGGACAUGCCAGUGGUAGCUCCCAUCUUUCCCAGUGAUUGACACACACCAUCCAGUGUGUUUAAUGAGCACUCAGUGCUGUAUUGAACCAACAAUGAGCCCCAUUUGGCCUGUGCAAGGUGUGAAAUGGCACACUUCCCCCUGAAUGCCCCCACCAUCCACCCCCUAUCUCUGUUGUUGGGAUUGAUUUAACAGACAGAGGCAACUCACAGAAGGUGUGACUCCUACUGGUUAUUCACCAGACUCUAUACACACACAGACAGAUUCUGGCACUGUCACAAACUCCACCCCUUUUACGCAGACACACACUCACCGGUCUGACUGCUGCACCCUGCUCACUGCUCCCUCAGUACAAGUCAGCCUUCAGACGGGAGCACACUGAACUCUGGGACUAAACACCACCAUCACACCAGUGAUUAUUUGUCUACAGAGCAGCUUCAAGCCCCACAUAUCUCAGCAACAUGGGGAGCAGCAUGUCAUGUGUCCCCCAGCACAACUUCAGAUUCUCCAGUAAAAGUUUCAUACGCAGAAACAGCAGUCGUCUGUUCCGCAAAAAGAAUCCUCAGGAAGGACAGGAAAAGUCAAACAGCAUCAUCAACAUCCUGUGCACCGUCACCCCCAGGAAGGACAUGUCCCACAAAGAUCUUCAGACAAUUGAGAACAUAAAGUGGGAUCCUCCAUUUCCUUAUGAUCCAGCCAGUGGCUGGAAGAAGAGCAGCAUCAAUGUGAAGAAUUACGGGCGCAUGAUUCACAGCUCCAAAGUCCGUUUUCGCUUCCUCCACUGCCAAGAUAUACAUGACUGUUACCUGGACCUCUUCCAGACACAUCUUCAUUUUGUCUCCAAUAACACAACUGGAUUAACUUAUCAGGGAACUCUCCCACUGAAAGAGCUCUCCAUUUGUAACCUGCAACAGAACUGCAACCACAGCCAACCCCAGGAGUUUGCCUUUCAAAUCAAUGGUGUCAGCCUUACUUCCAUUAUUGUCUACUGUGCCAACCAAGAUGAGCUGGACCUAUGGUUUGGUCUUCUUAAGGAAAACAUUGAGGCCAAUGGAGGCACUGCAACUGCAACUGAAAACUAUACCAGAGUAAAAUUAAACCAGAAUGAUGCUCCCGAGGCCAGAGAUGAACUCAGAAACUCCAUCAACAGAGAUCCCAUCUAUGAAUGGGAGGGCUCUCAGAGAGACAGCCUGGGCCCCAUCACCUACGUCACUAAAGUCCGACUGCAACACCUGCCCUGUCAGGAGCAGAGUGACAGACUCCUGGUGAUGUACCCGUCAACACUAAUCAUCCUAUCAGAGGAGAAUGAUGGGCUCUUUUAUAAGGGUAAACUACCACUGAACAUGAUCACUGUGACCACGCCCUGCCAAGACGUCAAGCCUAACACGUUCAUGAUUGAAGGGAAGCUCAUCAACCCUAUCGUGGUUUCGUGCCUGGAUAGGACCACGUUCUGUGACUGGAUCCAGCAUUUCAAAGCUGUUGACGUGCCUGUUAUGAGCCCCCCACCCCCUGUGUAUGACAUCAUCUACACCCCGACGCAAAGAGAGCCUCCAAAGUUGGACAGAUGGAGUGGAAACAGCCAAGGACAAGCUGAGUCCCAUAAGUUCAGCCACUCCACAAGUGGACAUGGAGCCCACAGCCUUCAGUUAUCUGUUCAUGAUGAGAACCCUCUCUCCCCUGGAUAUGCUGAACCUCUCUGUUAUAACUCCAGCCGUCCCUCAUCCACUGAGACAGCUCAUCUGGGAAGCAGAAACAACAGCAUGUCUUCACACACCAGACCUGAACGUGACCUUCGACCGCUAUCACAGCGUUACUCCUCACCACAGCGAAGCUCUUACCUUCAGCCAACUGAGAACUCAAUGCUGUCUCAGGUCUACAGCAGUCCCUACUCUGCCCUACACCGUGCCAGUCCACAGAGGCUGGAGAAAGCCCCACUUGUGAAGUCUAACAGCUGGAGUACACCUCAAACAUCCCUGAACUACUGCCUGAACGGCCCUCAGCGUCACUCCGAUAUGUGCGCUCCCCGACAACCUCUGUCGCCACUGUAUGACGAGCCCUGUUCUCCAGAAAUCUAUGCCCUGGAUGAGGCCGUGCCAUCACACCAGAGUUGGCAAGAGCCUGUUCAGCUGCAGCAUCACCGUCAUCAUCAGCAAGUGCCUCAGCUUUUACCUUCCUCCUUCCAACUCCACACACCUCCAAUGGGCAAGCGCUGCAGAAGAAGUCUAGUUCUGACCAACCCCCAUGGACAUGCUCUUAGUCUGGACAUGGACCCUUCCCCGAGCAAAGCAGAGCAGCGAGCAGAGGCUGUUUCUAAACUAAAGCUUUUGCCCAUGCCUGGCCAAAUUCAGGAGAAGACUAUUCUCUCAUCCAGUUCAGCGAGGGCCACUUCUCAGAUGCCAUACGGUUAUUCACCAGAUCACCACUCGUACCUCGACCCCACUGAACCAGAUGACCAGGAAAUGGACUAUGACAACAUUUGGGAGUACAACUGCGAUACUGGAAUGAUUCAGCCAGCGUCUGGAAUUUCAACACACUGGACAGGAUUAGACUAUGGGGCCAGAGGCCUUGGUGCUAUGGCAACACAGCAAAGAUGGUCAUAAAAAACCUCAAUAGGACAGCCACUUGUCUGGACGUGUGCAAACAUCAGAUCACUAUCAGAGGGAUAAUAAAAGCACACCAGGAGAAACUGUUGCUCCUGUUGCGUACACUGUGAACCAACAGAUCCCAUGACCUGUGUUGACAAAUGCAGGACAGUUAGGAAGUGGCUGCGUGUGUCUGCCAGCAGCGGACUCCAUUAAAAAAGCAAAAAUGUGACAAAGAUGGACAUGAACUGUCUUUUUGAUAUGUAACAUUAUACAGGGAAGAGGAUGGGUUGCACCAAAGGUUUCAUGUGAGGUUCAAGAACUGCCAGGCCAUUAUAAACAAGACCAGUUGUUUCUGGUCAGUUGGUUGUGACCUAAAAGCGGGUUGCAGGGCCACUUUGUGUGGGUCCUGGGUAAUUGGUUAAAAUCAUGAAAACUGAUUUGUGUAUUCUGACUUCAUUCAGUUGUUUUUAUUUAAACAUGUAACAAUUUUGUCUUAUGACAAGCUUGUUUCACCAUGUAAAGGAAAACAACAGUUGUUAAAUUGAAAGUUCUGACAAGUGGGAUACAACAGAUAAUAUUCAGCAAUAUCUAUUUCAAUUUGAUCCUAUAAUUAGGGAUUUUUUCUUUUUUAGAAAUUUUCUGUUUGUCCUUAAGCCUAAUACAAAGCCAUUGUGUAUUACUGGACUACGUUUAAGUAUAAUUUAGUGCCGUGUAUCCAAACUGGGUGGUGACCUAAAGGCUUAGGUGAAGUGUAAGGAUCUUCUUCUUUGAUAACCACUCUUCAAGACUUUGAGUUUACUUUUCACUUUAUAAUAAAGCUAUAAAAGGCAUUCCAUAAGAGCUUGUUAUAGUAAAGAAUGUAUAUUUUUGUAAAUUUUGUAUAUUUAUUAUUUUAUUAUGCUUCUUUAUUAUGUCCAGUAGAUGUGGGUUUAAAGGUGCGUAUGUUACAACAGCUGAGUUCUGACACCUGGAUGAAUGUCUCUAUCCCAUUUCUGUUUGAAGUGUUUAUUUAUAUUUGGAAAUAAAAAAGGAAAUCACAAACCAA